UGUGUGUGUGUGUUGAUGUUGAUGUCAGCAUGGAGGGAGUAAAGGAUCAGCCCGCUGCUGGGACUUCUUUUGGAUUGACAGCUGAUGCCGCCGUGGCGUAGAUGACCAGCAGGAUCGGAUCAUCUGCAACGUGUGAGCCGAGUAAUGACAGGCAGGAGAAAACGUCUGCCGCUGUGAUCUGUUAUAUUUUUUAAUAAGCCACAGUAAAUGUUCAAACGAUACAAAGUUAAUGGCAAAUGGGGAACUGGCACACAAGCAUCAACUGGAUAUUGAAAGUUCCCCUGGCUCUUGAUCGCGCCUUUUCAAGACUGUAAAACCACUUCGAGGUCAUUUGUAAUCACAUAGAUGCACUAGAGUGGAUUUUUCCUGCUUGUGUGACUCAACAUUGUGAAUUACUUUGUCACUAGUGAACGUGUACAUAGAGUAAAGUGGAAGCCCCUCUACUCCCUGAAACUACAUGAAACAUUGGGACAAACUUUCACUUUCAGACACGAUUGCUCUGUUCCAAAACCUAGUCAGAGGUCUACAGAGGCAGCGUUUUUAAGACAUCAUAUGUGCGCUCACUACGCAAAAGCUGUUCCAAAAGCAAAAGAGGCGUUAGAAGGCAGCUGCCUGUGUAGGCCUAUGCAGCUUACUAGGAUUUGGAACAGACCUAGUCUCACACCUGGCAACCACUACCAUAGCAACUACACAAGUCCUGCUGUGACCCAUCACCUCCCAGUAGGGUCACCUGUUACUUCUCACCCUGAAACACAAGAGGUCCCGAGAGAGACACAGACUCCCACACAUUCACUGCAGACAGAGGGCUCUUUCAGCAUCUGAAACGUAAUGAGUGAACAUGGAGGCCGGAUUGGUGGUGCGUGCCGUGUUUGAGUUCCUCCCCAGUGUAUCUGAAGAACUCCCUCUUUUCACUGGAGAUGUCAUUGAAGUGAUCAGUGUUGUUGAUGAAUUUUGGCUGCUCGGAAUCAAAGAUGGAGUCACAGGCCAGUUUCCUAGCACAUUUGUGGAACCUGUUACAAUCCCAAGCAUCAAGAUGGGAGAGAAUCUUAACGUGUGCAUCAAUGACUUUAAUUCUGUGGAGCCCGGAAGCUUACCACUUAAAAGAGGUGAUGUGGUUGCUGUUGAAGGCAGUGUGGAUGUGAUGUGGAUGAGAGGGCGUAAUGUGUGGGGCUCACGUGGACUCUUCCCCAAGUCAUGCAUUAAAGAGCUGGAGCUUUCAGGUCGGUCCAGACAGCUGUCAGAGCGCAGUGCAGCUGCCCAGGCCUCUGAACUGCCCCCACAUGCACUCGGCCAGGCCCGUGCUCUCAUGAGCCUCCAUGCCCAACUGGAUGAAGAGCUGGACUUCCGUGAGGGUGACGUCAUCACCAUCAUUGGCCUGCCAGAGCCUGGCUGGUUCCAGGGUGAGCUGGACUGCAGAACAGGAGUUUUUCCUGAGGGCUUUGUGGAGCUGCUGGGACCCCUGCGCUCACCUUUGGAGGAGCCUGAACCUGAAAGCCUGGAACAGUACCCGGCUUACAGCAUAGAAGAAGAGGAGAGAAGGGUGGAGGAAGAGAGAGACGAGGAAAAUCUAGAAUUGGAAAUUCAACAACAGCAAGAGGAAGAGGAGGAAGAGGAAGGAGCUAUGCAUGGUGUUGCACUGUAUGAAUUCCGGGCCAUUGAGCCUGGUGAGCUGGACUUUAAUGUAGGGGAUAGGAUCCGAAUCCUGGCGACACUAGAGGAUGGCUGGUUGGAGGGGCAAAUACAUGACAGAAGAGGAGUUUUCCCCCAUCGAUUUGUCAAGAUGGAAAGGCAGCUGCAGACUUUACCUCAAACAGAGACUUUAUUGAAUGAAAUCAGUGCAUCUGAUAGAGGGGAAGAGGAGUGCUAUACUCCUGAUGAUAACCUGGCUCAGCAGGACCACACAGUGCCAGAAUACAGCCAAGAGCGGGCAACUCAGGAGGACCAUACGGUUUGGGAUCUGGAUUACUUUGAACGAAGGGAGGAGGAGAGAAAGGAAGACUGUGUUAGCUACGCACAUUCCAAUAUAAGUUCUCAAGACAGAGGAAUGAUUCAGAAUCAAUCACAGGUUCAAAAACGGAGGAUUGAGAGACCCCCACCCCCUCAUGCACAACCCCAUAGAGUUGGUAGCUCAGCCCUAUGUGCAGUCCAACGGACCAGCACAAGCAGCCCCAUUCAAGGUAGACCCCAGUUGCCACCUAGGCCCAGUCUACAUGCUCUCAGUAAUAGACAAUACAGCACAAGUUCCCAUAUUAGCUUACGAGAACCUCCCCCAGCACCCAUCACAAGGAACCAAAGUCUGAACCCACACAACAGAAUCUCACCUAAUUGGACGAGAAACAAUGGCCACUAUGCCUCUCAUGACAGCAGAAACCCCUUCAGCAGUAAGAUCUCAACACAUUCUGGUCAGAAGAACAGGCAGAAGAAGUUGACUCGCCAUGCAAACGUCAACGAUGCUGACCUAAUCUCUGGUGGCCACAGCGACCCCUGGGCAUGGUCUCAGGAACGGGGCUCAGAUGGGUUGCCAACAUCUCAGACACUUGGGACUUUGGCUGUAUCCUCUGGUGACCUUGAAGCCAAGCUUUCUCAACAGCUGAUAGAGUUCGAACGGAGCUUGCCGGGUCAUAGCAAUGGAGCCACGGAACAAACCCAAUGGGAGGAGGUUAGUGACGAAUGGGGCAACAAAGUUUCCCGCCAUUUCUCUAUUUUGGACUACAGCAGUGAGAAUGACUUAAUCAGUGGCUCCUCCCACUCCUCAAUGGACCGUCUGUUACCUCCCACUUCCUCCCUUUCUGGCACUGCCUCCUCCUCUUUAGAGAGACGGAAAAUGCUACGCCCGCCUCCUCCUCGACCGCGGGUCCUAAGGCUAUCAGCUCCUAUAAACACGCAUUGUCCUUCCACCAAUGGCCGCAUUGCUCCUCAACCUUAUAGACCAGCACGCCCAGUGCCACGCCCACCUCCUCCCUGCCCCCGCACCAGCACUGUGACAUCUCACCCCCCUCCACCAACCUCCAACCCCUUCUACACCUUGCCAGAUGAAAAAGAGAUAGUUGAAGAGGUAGAGGAGGCAGAGGAUGCUCUGGAGAAAGAGAUGGAGAGAGAAAGGGAGAGGGAACAGGAGCAAUACAGGUUGCUUUUGAGGUUGGAGGAGGUGGAGAGGGACAUUGAUAUGUAUUCUCAUACAGCCCAGGAGCUGCAGGCCAUGCUGGAAGAGGAGCAGGAUGAGACCGCAAGACAACAGGCUCUGGAGAAUCUGGAGUUCUGCACCUACUCCAUGGAGACACUGACUCUGGAACAGCAGCAGCUACAAGAGAUGACCCUGCUUGCCUCCCAGCCUAAGUCCCUGGAAUCAUCCCCAGCUUCAGCGGCUUCCACUGAAGACCCUGAACAGAGGAUGCUGGAGAAAAGGUCAAAGGUCAUUGAGGAGCUUCUGCAGACAGAGCAUGACUACAUUAAAGACCUUCAAAUGUGUGUGAAGGAGAUCAUUCAACCACUGCAGAAGAAGCAGGUCCAGAGUAUUGACUUUGAUGGUCUCUUUGGAAACAUUAACUCAGUAAUUGACCUUUCUCGCCGACUCUACAAGGCCCUCCAGGACACUGACUCAAUAGGUCAAGUGUUCCUGGAAUACAAAGGUGAGUUGGAAGAGGUUUACAAGAUCUAUUGCCAAAAUCACGAUGAUGCCAUCUCUUUACUGGAGACCUACGAGAAGGAUGAAAACAUCCAGAAGCACAUACUGGAGUGUCUGGAGAAGCUCAGAGGGAUAUACAGAGAGUGGGGAAAGACAAACUACAUUAAUUUGGGUUCAUUCUUGAUAAAGCCAGUCCAGAGAGUGAUGCGUUACCCCCUGCUCCUUAUGGAAAUGCUUAACACCACUCCAGAGUCACAUCACGACAGGAAGCAACUUGCCGAGACAGUGAUGUCCAUUAAAGAGAUCAAUGUCAAUAUCAACGAAUUCAAAAGGAGAAAGGACCUUGUGGUGAAGUACCGCAAAGGUGAUGAAGACCGACUCAUUGACAAGAUCUCAAAGUUAAGUAUGCAUUCCAUCAUCAAGAAGUCAAACAGAGUGAGCAGCCAUCUCAAGCACCUGACUGGGAUUUCAGCUCAGAUCAAAGAUGAAGCUUUCAAUGAUGCAGAGAAAAGAUUUAGACUCCAGGAGCAACUUAUUAAGUCCUUCAUCAGGGACAUCUCCCUCUAUCUGCAGCACAUACGGGAGUCUGCUUCAGUGAAGGUGCUAGCUGCCAUCAGUUUCUGUGAUAUGUACACAGAGCGGCAACAGCAGAUGGAUCCUGAACGUUUCCAGAAAGCACAUCGCUGCAUCAGUGACAAACAGUUUACUGAGUUUAAGGAGAGGACAGAAGCUCUAGUCAUCACUCCCCUUACCCAGCUGCUCAAUAUGUUCGCUGGGCCCCAUAAAUUGAUCCAGAAGCGUAGAGACAAGCUACUUGACUACGACAACUGUAAGGAACGUGCUGAGAGGCUGAAGGACAAGCGUGUGCAGGAGGAACUGCAGACUGCUCGGAAUAACUACGAAGCUCUAAACGCCCAGCUGCUGGAUGAGCUGCCCAAGUUCCAUCGCGCAGCUGAAGAGCUGUUCACCAGUUGUGUGAGGGGCUUCGCCAAAGCUCAGAGAGAUUUCAUUGCGCUCACAUUGGGAGAACUCAAACCACUGCUGCAGCUGUCUGGCUUGGGUGGCACAGCAGGGAAUCUGGUGUCCUUGUUUCAAGAAGAGCACACCCGAGUGUUGGAUUUGCUUCAGAGUUUUAGUUUCUUCCCUGACAACCUUCCCACGACUGUACGCAAGACCUUUGAAAAGAAGACUCUGGAAAAACAGAAUUCCAAGAAACAGCAAGGCCAUCCAAACCAUGUGCUACAGACAGAUGAGCAGAGAGCCGGGCUUCUGGCGAGAUAUGGGCCAGAGAAUCUCUACCAGGCUGAUAGGAAUUUUAAUGCAGCACAAGACCUGGAUGUGUCCGUACUGGAGGGAGACAUAGUGGGUGUCAUCAAGCAGCAAGACCCCAUGGGCAGCCAGAACCGCUGGCUAAUAGACAACGGAGUUACAAAGGGCUUCGUGUAUAGUUCCUUCUUAAAGCCCUACAACCCACGUAAGAGUCAGUCGAAUGUUUCCAUUGAGAGUCAGUCAUCGAAUGAGUCGGGCUACAGUGGCUCCUCCCCCAUGUUCUCGCGCCAGAAUAGCAACAGCACUCUGACAUUCAACCAAGACACAUCAACUGUCAGCUUCUCAACAGCUGCACCUCCAAACCAAGCACACAAUCGCCCGUGUCAGGAAGCUACUCCCAGGAAAAACAGAGAGCUUUCUUCUUCCAGUCAAAGAGAUGCUGUUGAGCCCGCCAUCAGAAACUCCCCCAAUCAGAAAGAACUGUCUGAGACAGCCUAUCGAAAUACUGCAAAUAACAGGGACUACUACGAAUCUUCAUACAGGAUUCCCACCAGUCACAGAGACUCUUUAGACUCUGGUCAGAAUACUCCAACCAAUAACCCAGACCCCUCAGACUUCUCUGAGACAGACUCGUGUUCCUCCGGUAAGAACUCAAGGAAUGGCUCAUCUUCGAGGUACAACAACUCACGUGGUUCGUAUGGCUCACAGGAGAGACGAAAUGGAGACUGUUCGGUACAGAAGAAGAAGCCACAGUACCCUCCUGAAGAAUAUAUAGAUCAAGAGCCUGAUCCCGAACUGGAUGGCCACCAGAUUUAUUAUGCUCUCUACUCAUUCAGUGCACGGUGUGCAAAUGAGCUAAGCAUAUCAGCCAAUCAGCGGGUCCGAAUCCUUGAGUUUCAGGACAUGAAUGGCAACAAGGAGUGGUGGCUGGGCGAGGCAGGAGGACGGAGGGGUUACGUCCCAUCCAACUACAUUCGCAAAUCAGAGUACACAUGAGCUGCAGAUUUGUACAAGGGCACUUCCAGAGCCCUGCAAUGACCCUAGACCACUACAGGCCAACUCAAGGGGGAAAACAUUUCAAAAGGAUAUGUUUGUGCCUUAAGUAUAGAGGAGAUGCACUGAUAUGGUGAACUGAUCAUUGCUACUGAUGGGAAGAAAAUUGUAUCCUCCAUAAUGACUAUUUAAAAGUCCUAAAUGCCUCCUAGUGGCCAUAGAUGGAUCAGCAGAGGAUUGUGCAUGUGGAUUUGAAGUAAUGGAGUGAACAAAGAAAUAAUCUGGACUGAGACAGUUUGGGUUGGAGAAAUUCUGAAAGUAGUCUGAAAUGUCCUGCUGUUCUUGGGUACUCCCUUUAUAGUGUUAGCGCUUAAAUGCUCUGUAGAGCUUAGAUCUCUUUUAUGUUUAAGAGUGGAGUGGAGAACUUGUAUUGAGCAUGUGCAAAUGAUACUGGAAAGAGACUUGGAGGUUCCAGGACUGGCAUUAAGUGAGUGAGAGAGUGAAUAAAUGUUUGUUUGUGUGCUACUGAGAUACAAAUGCAUUUGGUUGAGUGCGUGCUGUGUUUUGUGAUGUUGCCUCCCUCAUCUGACAAUCUACAAAAAGUGUUUGGAUUUAAUCCCAGUCAUGGCUCUCAAAUCAUAAUGAUAUUACCACUGGUGACCAUUUCAUAUUCCUGAAAAUAUAAAUGAAAUGCAAGAGACACUUUUAUAAGGUACAGUGCUAUUUCUUUUUUUCUUUUUUUUUACAUUUUUACUUUUUGAUAGCAUUGUUAAAUUUGCCACUUGCACUUGUGAAUUGAUUUACAAGUUAAUAAUGACAUGUUUUGCACUGUUAUUAGUGCGUUUAUCAGGGCACCAGUGAGCUCAUUUUGAUGUGUUCCACCAACAGAAUAUGAUCUUGUCAUAUUUAUUUCUCAUGUAUUUCUGCACUCCAGUGUCAACAAUUCUGUUUCUCCUCUUUUGAAUAAAAAAGAUGAAAAAACA